GAGCCAUCCCCUGCGCUGUCAAAACAACGGUUACCAAUCAUUUACGUAAUCUGUCAAAAUUCUGGUGCCAGGAAGAAUCGUCGCACUUUUCAGCUCGGUGCUGCGGAAAAUCCGAUUUUCUCACCCUUUUUGCGCCCCAAAGUCCGCGAAUCCAAACGAAAUGUCGGCCGUCAGGAUUUUCUCCCUCGCCAGACAUACGAGCCGUGUCGCGUUCCGUCCGGCACCGACGACUGCGAUGGCCACCCGCACGUACGCCUCGAUCAAGCCGGAACAGUACUAUUAUGUAAACAACCAGGACCCGAGCAUGGAGAUGACGGACAUCACGGACCGCGCCGCCCAGACCAUCUUCUGGACGGAGCUGUUCCGGGGAGCGGCCGUAACGUUGGCGCACAUCUUCAAGGAGCCGGCCACCAUCAACUACCCGUUCGAGAAGGGACCGCUGAGCCCGCGGUUCCGUGGCGAGCACGCCCUCCGCCGGUAUCCGUCCGGUGAGGAGCGCUGCAUCGCGUGCAAACUGUGCGAGGCCAUCUGCCCGGCGCAGGCCAUCACGAUCGAGGCGGAGGAGCGCACCGAUGGAAGCCGCCGGACGACCCGGUACGACAUCGACAUGACCAAGUGCAUCUACUGCGGAUUUUGUCAGGAAGCCUGUCCGGUCGACGCCAUCGUCGAGGGGCCCAACUUUGAGUUCUCGACCGAGACGCACGAGGAGCUGCUGUACAACAAGGAGAAGCUGCUCAGUAACGGCGACAAGUGGGAGUCGGAGAUCGCGUCCAACAUCAACGCCGACUAUCUGUACCGCUAAAGUUCGAUUGCUGAAGAGAUUUAUAGCAAAACAAAUUGUAAAAUUUCAAAAAAUAAGAGUUAUGGAGUGCGUGCUGGCUAGGCUGCACUCCACUUGAAAUAAAUGUUUGCCUAGCAGCGCGAACCGAAA